AUGGGUGGGGAUGCAAGUGCGGUCUCUCCUUCAGUACUGCCUCAUGCUUCACUCGCCCAUGACCAGGGACCUAUUCACCUUGCUAUCGUUGUCAUACUCGUCUUGAUCGCGCUCGUCAUCUACUCGUUAAGGGUGUUCACACGCGCAAGGCUACUUCACUCAUUUGGCUUUGAUGAUGGACUCAUGUUUCUGGCUGCGCUGUGCGCAGUAGGUGUUUUUGUUACAUUUACUGGAUUAGUGGAGCUGGGUCUAGGACGAGAAGAUCGAGACACUGCGUCUCUAGUUGAAAGCGAACGGUUGGGUCCAUGGAUCUGGGCACUAAAAUCAGUCUAUAUCUUCGGGCUUGGGCUAGUAAAACUAUCAGCCGCCUUCACACUCUUGCCGGUAUCCAACUCCAGAUUCCACGCCUAUGUAUACAUUUGCCGCGGAGUCCUAAUCAUUGGAAUCAUGUUCUUGAUAUUUUGGCACACACUUGAAUGGUUUAUUUCAAUUCUCAUUCAUUGUAUGCCCCUUGUCGCAGCUUGGGAUUUCUCAUACGGUGGGAACGCAAAAUGCAUGACGCAAAUUGAAUCUCAGCAUUGGGCUAUGGCAAAUUACAUAACUAAUGCAGCUUCCAGUCUCUUACUGGUUGUACUCGCGGUCCCUAACAUCUUCGGCUCAUCUUUCAAAAUUGGUGUCAAAGUAUACCUCGCACUAACAACUGUGUUGGCGCUUUUUUCAUGCGCUAUUGCCAUAAUUCGAAGCCGAAUGGUCGUUGUUUCCUGGGCUGAAGUAGGGGAUCGAGGCAAAUACGACUUGUCGUUCAUGACCUGGGGCACUGUCGAACUUACAACAGCCAUGAUAGCCGUGAAUCUUGGUACCUUGAUACCUCUUGGUGGAGCCAUCAAAACACCAACAACAGAGCCCCCAACUCGGCGCUCUCCCCCCAAAAUCUCCGGCCCUGUAGCGGGAAGCGCUAUCCAUGUAUCCCAUGGCGAUGUCGACUCCAUCUUCAAUGCCGAGCCCAGCGCCUCCUCCGAAUCAAAGCAACGCAACAGCCGAUACUCUGGCAAAACAAUCAUGUAUCGCCCUAACACUGCAUAUUUCCCCGCAAGUUACACCCACCCCGGUCUUACGCGGUUUCACGACGACGAAUCGAACCUGGAUUUCGACAUCGAAACUCCCUCCACCCGAUCGACGCGCAAACUGAGAAAACCAUUCCCGCCUUCACGCUUCUCCGGAUCAACGACAUAUACGGUUGACACGCGCAGAGCAAGUGAUUGGUCGCAACUAAGUGGAUUCACAUACUACUCUCAUGCAUCAUCGCCUGAGUUCAGCAACUCGCAAGAGAGCACGAACAGGAUGUCAGUUGGUCCAAAGGAGUUGGACGAAUUUAAUAUGUGCUCUGGGAGAGAUUCAGGGAGUGGGAGCAGUGCGGGCGAUGAAAACCAAGAGAUUCGUGUUGUUUCUGACGAAGAGAGAAGAAGCGGAGGAUUCCCGACCAUAUUCCUGGAAGACGACGUGAGGCAUGUAUACAGCCCUAGGUAUUAA